CUGCUUCUUUUCCCGAUGUCUAUCGACACUACUGCGAUUGACCAACAACUGGCCGAAUUGGAACUGUGUGAACUGUCACGGGGACCCCAAAUACCUGGAGAAAAACUGCAAUUUUCCACUGCGAGUCUUUCGACCCCGGAAGAAUAUUAUAUUCAGUUCCUUAGUUUGUAUACUCUGAAGGGGGAUUUUCUCAACGCGAAGCUUCUUUGGCAACGUAUUCCCCUCGACAUUAAAGAAUCCAGUGACAUUUUAUCUACACUUUGGAAUCUGAUUCGAUUUCUCAUUAAGCGGGAUCUUCCUGCUUUUUUCCACUUUGCUGAUGGCGUGCUGAACGAUCAGAAUUAUCCGGAGAGUUUCCGUUAUUUGUUACGACAAAUCUGUGAUAAUCAAAAGCUUCACGCUAUCAAUCUUCUGGGUGAUGCCUACUCUUGUGUCACCAUAUCGUUUGUCUGUGACCUUCUGAAUGUUCCGGAGUCAGAAGCCACAUCGUUGAUGUUCGCUCGAGGUUGGAAAUCCUGUCCGGAGGGAACGUUCUUGUUGCAUUCUGUUGAUCCCUUGCAAAAAGUUUGUGUAGAUGAAUCCCAGCAAACGAACAAUGACGAUAUUAUGAGCAAGUUGGCCGAUUUCAUGUGUUUCAUCGAAAAUCACUGA